UCUUUUGUUUACAAAAUAUUACAUAAAGUUUUUUAACUUUUACGCACGCAGGCAAUCUUGUUUUUUUUUACAUGAUGCUUUAAUCCCAAUGGAUAUUCGUUAAUGACGCAGCUCUACAUGAAGAUGGGAGCCCCGCACCCAAACACUCCUCUGAGUUAGCCAUGCAUCACUGCAAUUCAUCAGGCGCUGCGCCACUCAGCCCAUUUUCCAAUGACAGUCAAUGGGAAGGACAGCCGACCUCUCCAUCACUUGCCGACUCCGAGAAUGUCACCUCGGAGAGAGCGAUCCUGAGCGGCCCUAUAGCUGCGAUGCUCUCGAUGACCCUGGGGAUCCUGUCUAACAUUGUGGCUUUACUCAUCCUGGCAAACGCAUACGCCCGCCUACGUCGACGAUCCAAGGCAUUUCUCCUGUUCGCCAGCUCUUUGGUGGCCACGGACUUUGUGGGGCAUGUCAUACCUGGUUCAAUAGUUAUGAGGCUGUAUCUUUCUGGAGGUGUACCCUCUGAAGAAUACAACCGGGCGGACCCAUUAUGCCAGUUUCUAGGAGGCAGCAUGGUGUUUUUCGGACUGUGUCCGCUCUUUCUUGGUUGCGCCAUGGCAGCUGAGAGGUGUUUAGGGGUGACAAAGCCACUGCUCCAUGCUUCGCUGGUUACAACCACAAGGACUAAGCUCUCACUUUCUGUUAUCUGGUUAGCAGCUCUUUGUGUUGCUCUUCUGCCCUGCUUUCAGCUGGGUUCAUAUACCUACCAGUAUCCUGGAACCUGGUGUUUCAUUAAAGUGCUGGAGGACACAGAGAAGGCAGACGUGGCCUUUGUUAUGUUGUUCUCAGGACUGGGGUUGACAUCCCUUGCUGUUGCUUUGGUGUGUAACACCAUAAGUGGACUGACGCUAGUGUUAGCGAGGAUACGAAAGAAACCCUGUAACCGUCGAUCAGCUAGAUCCCAUGAUAUUGAGAUGGUGGUGCAACUUGUAGGCAUAAUGGUCACAUCUUGUAUCUGCUGGAGCCCUCUUCUGAUUGUUGGCCUAAUUACAGUGAAACAGUCAUACGAGGGCUCUAUUGGAGAUGACCUUGCCACCUUUAAGACCCUAAUGAUAAUGGGGGUGCGGAUAGCAUCCUGGAACCAGAUACUGGACCCAUGGGUCUACAUUCUUCUUCGUCGUUCCGUCCUCCAAAAGAUUUACUUCAUUACCAAACGUCCAACAGACUUUAAGGAAAGCACUUUUCGCUGCUGGGAGAUCCAUUCCUUCCCCAGCUCUGAGAAGAAUCCUGUCAGUAGAGUCUGAAUCUGAGUGUGCAUCAAUAACAACAGGAGGCCUACUCAGUGUCAGUCAGCUCUACCCCAGAGGAUCUCACUAGGCCCCUUUAUUACAGCAUGUACUGCAAUCGCUAUGUUAAAGGGGUCAUAUGAUGCU